UUUUAAAAAUUGUAUGCAUAAUUUUCAGAACCACCAAGUGAACCUAUAAUAAUUGGAUUACAAGACAUAGAAAACUGCACUGACUGUAUUGUUGGUGAGGAUCUGGAGAUGUUCGAUCUUGCCUGUCAAAUACAUGCUGGUUCCCGUCCUAUAACUGUUACCAUGUCAAUAGGAAAUGAAUCACACACCCCUCACAAAAUAAAUUCAACAACCUAUAUGGUACUUUUCACAGUUCGGGACCGUCAUCACAUGGAACAUGUGACAUUUUCAGUCAUGAACGAUUUAUUAUCGUCACCUUUAAAUGUUACUGCUCGGAUGUUUGUUAUAAAAUCACCAACAUUUCAAUUUUCGGUGCCGGAAAUUCUAAAAGACGGAGAAGGUGUCAGCAUCACAUGCACGAUGGAUGACGGAAGACCUAAUCCGCAUGUGUAUUUUAACAUUUCCGGUUCAGAAGUAUCGUCUGCAAACUCACAUUUUUAUAAUUCGACUACAUCUUUAAAUACCAAUAUUAUCACUUUAACCACAUUCAAGAAGGAAUGGAACAAAGAAAGCAUCACGUGCUGUCGUUAUAACGAAUGGUACACAACUGUGCGGGACUGUUCACCACCAAAACAAGUUAAUUAUCUUUUUCCUCCCACAGAUGUAAUGUUAGAAGUCAAAGUUGAUGAAGACAGUCUGAGUCAAAUGUAUGCUACUUGCACAGUGUAUGGCUCGAACCCAGUCUGUAGCGUUCAGUUUAAAGCUACAAGCGGUAUCAUCGGAUCAGAAAAGUCUUCAGAGAACAUAAGUCUACCCCACGGUGCGUGGAAUUCUGUGUUUGAAGUAAACUUGAAUGUCAGUGAAGAAGACAAUGGUAAAGAUGUAACUUGUGUCGUUGAGUGUGGCGAGUUUGCUGUUAACCUUACAGACACUGUCAAAAUACUCAUGCCGUCAAAGCCAGAUGAUAAAGAGACAGGCGAUGAUAUGAGUACACCAGACAAAAACGAAACAUGUGAAGCUUCAGGAGCUGUAAUUGGGUCUGUGAUUGCUGCAUUAGCUGUUGGAAUUCUUAUUGGUGUGAUUUGUACCUUGAUUAUUCUUAUUAGAAAAGGAAUUAUUGCAGGCUCGAAAACGCAGCAGACAGUUUCUCAUGAAAUAGAAUUAACUGGACCACCAACUGCUCUGGAUACCUACGAGCAACUUCAAAACAGAACAGAUACUGAAAUCAGGGGAACUUAUGAUUCUCUUGAAGUCAACUCCGGAGUACAACCAAACAGCCAAUUACAGUACGAAAGUCUGAAUGAGGAAGCAGAGAACUGUCACACAUAUACAGAUCUAAAAGAAAGCCAAUAAAUUUUGAGAAACUACUUGAGAGAAUUCAUCUUGAACGUUCUAGUGUGUUCGGAAAACAGAAGGAUUGUUUGUAAUAUUUGCACUUCUGUUAUUAUAAUGGAAGAUGUCCUUACAAAUUGUCGCAUUAUACAUAAAGAUAAAAGGGUGACUUGUGUAAUAGAUGAAAAAAGGGCUUUGCAUGCUGUAUUUAUAUAUAAAGGGAGAUGAUUAAAUUCAAUACAGUUGCACUUUCCCUUUCAUGGGAUCAGAUAAAGAUACAAGUGUGCAGGUAAAUUGUUACAGAAAUACACAUAUACCACCAAAUCGAUAUGCCAGUCAAAUUACGAAACAGCGCGUGAAAGCAACGGACUAGCUUUAUAUGUAUAUAACGGUGUCUUUUGGGAAAAUAUAAAAUAGAGAGAAAUAAAUAAAUUCUGUUUUAAGGACGGGUGUUUAUUGGCAUUUAUUUUACUACUUGAAUUAUUCAACUUUAUUUGUAAAUAGAUAGAUUUUUUUUUAUUGAAUUUUCAUACAUUUGUCUUCACACUUGUAUAGCGAAACUAGUAUCGUUUGCUAAUUUUGCUUAAAAGUGUCCGUUUUGUUAUUCUAGUGAUAUUUUAUUAUAAUUAUUAUCUUACAUUUUCUGUAAAUAAGACAUGAAACAUUUGCAUUCACUUAUUACCUGUGUAGUAGUAUAUGUCAGAAUUUCUAAAUUGUUGUUCGUUCACCAGUUUAUUCAUCCGUAUAAAACUUAUAUUAGAACUUGUUGGUAAGAUAUGAAUGUACCUGUGCUUAAACUUUUAUGUGAAUAAAGACAGAAGACUCAUCAAAUACCAUUCUUGUAAAACCCAUAGAGUAAUGAGUUAUAGUUUCAAUAUUGUAGUAUUAUGUUAUGAUCUUUUUUAAUAUUAUAUAUAUUUUUUCCAUGCAUGUUUAUUUGAAUAAGUGUUGCACGUAAACGGUAUUGUUCGUAUUAAAUUUAGUUUGUAUGCUUUAUACAUGUAUAUUGUACUCUUUCUAACAAUUUUAAUUAAGGAGGUAUAAAAGAAUUCCAGCAACAAACAAAUAUUGCUUUAUUCGAUUUCAAUCAUAGCUAAUAUGUAUGUAGUAUAUCAGGUGAGAAUACUUGAAUCUUAAAGGCCGUUUGUUGUCGCGAUUCUGGUGUUUAAGAAAUUUAGAGAUACCCGUUGUUGUUGAUUUUGUCCACAGUUAUAUUUCAAAGAAUACAAGAAGGUUAUUUCGGUUCCUAAAAACAACGGGUCUAUUUGGAAAGUAAGGAAAAUACUGUUUUAAAGACUGGUGUUUUCUGGCAUUUAUUUUACUACUUCAAUUUGUCAACAUUAUCAUUAUUUUCAACAAACUUAUAUUAUUUUUUAUUAAUUUUGCUUAAGCGUGUGUGUUUUUCUAUUUUUUUCUUUUUUUUUUUUUAAUUUUAUUGAUAUGUUUUGAUAAUUAUUAUCUUACAUUUUCUGUAAAUAAGACAUGAAACAUUUGUAUUCACUUAUAACCUGUUUAUAUAAUUAUCAGAAUGACUGUAUUGUCUGUAAAACCCCUGUCACACUAGGAAGGCGUUCUCACGGCGUCCAUUUAAACUUUAACGCCGAGGUGAACGCAGUAAGAUCACAAACACCGCCGCAGCAUCGUCGUAGCAUCGUAGUGGCAUCGCAUAGAACGCCGACCGACGGCGCGCAUUUUGAGCAUGUUCAAAACAAACGCCGUCACUCGGUGGUCUGAAAUGUGCUCAGUGGGAUCGCAGCAAGGACGCCGCAGCAACUCAGUAGCAUCUCCUACAACGCAACAGAAGCGCCGUGAAAGUGCAAAAGAACGCCGAAUGAACGCGGUGGUUAUCCCUGGCGCUUAUACGGAGUGUGUGCGGCGUCUUUACCGCGCUUAUAAUGCGUGUGCAUGGCGCUUUUAGAGAGCUUUACGAUUUCAGCGCAGUGUGAAUGCCGCGAGAGCGCCGUAAAAGCGCAAAGAACGUUGUAGAAGCGCGAUCCGAACGAAGACAAUCGUCAAUUAAAACGCCGUAAAAGCUCCGUAGCAUCGCCAUGAUCGCCAAGGGGACGCCGUGAUGUCUCCAUGAAGUCUUCAUGUCAUCAAAAAUAUCACAUUUUUCAUUGCGAUCUCGCGGCGCUUUGUUAAAUUUUACAACGCCGUGCAAACGCAGUGAAAGCGCAGUCUGGUGUGACAGGGCCUUUAGUUAACUUUGUUAUUCAUCCGUAUGAAACUUCUAUAAGAACUCGUUGGUAAGAUAUAAAUUUAACAGUGCCUAACUUUUCAUGUGAAUAAAGACGUAACUAUAAAAUAUCAUACUCGUAUAGCCCAUGGAGUUAUACGUUCAAUAUUGAAUUAUUAUGUAAUGACUCUUCGUCAUAAUUUUAUACCCCCUGGCGUCCGUCUGUCCGUCCGACUGUUAGCAAUUUGGUUUCCGGAGCAUAACUAAAGUUCCAUUUGGCCCACAGUAUUCAUCAUUCAUAGGAUAUUUGCCCAUAUUGGGUAGAAGACCCCUAUUGAUUUUGGGGUCACAAGGUCAAAGGUCACUAUUAUUUGAAUACUGAAAAUGGUUUCCGGGGCAUAAUUUAAGUUCAAUUUGGCCCACAGUUUUCAAACUUCAAAAGAUGAUUGUCUAUAUUGAGUAGAAGACCCCUAUUGAUUUUGGGGUCACAAGGUCAAACAUCAAGGUCACUAUUAGCUAAAUAUUGAAAAUGGUUUCCGGAGCAUAACUUAAGUUUCAUUUGGCCCACAGUAUUCGAACUUCAUAGGAUGAUUGUCUAUAUUGGGUAGAAGACAUCUAUUAAUUUUUGGGUCACAAGGUCAAAGGUCAAGGUCACUAUUAUUUGAAUACUGAAAAUGGUUUCCGGAGCCUAACUUUAUUUCCAUUAAUUUGGCCCUAAGUUUUCAAACUUCAUAGGAUGAUUGCCCAUAUUGGGUAAAAGACCCCUAUUGAUUUUUGGGUCACAAGGUCAAAUGUCAAGGUCACUAUUAGCUUAAUACUGAAAAUGAUUUCCGGAGCAUAACUUCAGUUCCAUUUGGCCCACAGUAUUCAAACUUCAUAUGAUGAUUGUCCAUAUUGGGUUGAAGACCCCUAUUGAUUUUGGGUCACAAGGUCAAUGAUCAAGGUUACUAUCACCUUGAAAUUGGAAACAGUUUUCGCUCAAUAACUCAAACCUUAAUUAACCUGCAGCUGUAAAAUUUUAUAGGAUAAACAGCUUUAUACCCCUGACGUCUUUUCGUCCAUCCAUUGUAGCAUUUUUACUUAGAAGAUAACAACUUGAUGGUGGUGCUUUGAAAACAGCAACUUUAUAUAUACAUGAAUGUUCUUCAGCUUUAAAGAAGGGUUUCUUUUUGAAGGAGGUAAUACUGUAUUUAAUUCCAAAUGAUUCAUCCUAACUAAGAGAAAAAGUACUUUCGGGCAUAUAAUGCUCUGCCUAGCGGUGCUCUUUUUUAUAUAUUUUGACAUAUUAGUUUAUUUGAACAAGUGCUUCGGGUAACCGGUAUUGUUUGUCUUAAAUUUAGUUUGUAUGCCAUAUAUGAGUUAUAACUAUUCUUAAUAAUAAGAAACAUUCCAGCAACAAAACAUAUUGAAUUGCUUUGUUCGAUUUCAAUUAAAGUUGAUACAUAUGUAGUUAUUAUUAUAAUUUAGAAUUAACCGUUCGUAAUGUUUAUUUUCGAAAGUUUUUAUUUUUAAGAAUACAACAAAUUUAUGUCGGUUCCUUAAAUAGCAUCUCAAAUUUGUUCUACACAAAUUACAAUGAUGAUUGACUCUCACAUUUAUUUAAAUUAUGUUAUACCAUCUUAUCGAUGUUGCAAUGACAUUCGAAAAGCCUUUUUUUAAAUUUCGCAUUUUAAGAAUAAUUGUAUAGAAUUUCUAGUUUUGCUUCUUAAAAGUUCUUGAGGAAUGUUUGUCAACUGUUAAAAAUGUCCUUGCUAUGUUAGUAUAGUUACUUUCUCCAUAAAGUAUUAAUUCAAUUCAGCCAACUUUUCUUGAAAUAAUGAGCCACACUAUUCUAACAAACAGUUUUAUGUUUUUGUUGCUGUUUUUUUGUUUUUGUUUUGUUUUGUUGUUUUUGUUUUUUGUUGUGUUUUUUGUAAGACUUGUUUUUUUUUCAUGUUAAACUCAGAUUCUUCAAGUAAAUUGGAAUAUAAUAGAAGGC